GACAGGCGCUGGGAUCAGCUCAUUUGCUGACAUGGAGUUCUUUGCGACGGGCGGUUUUCAGCAGCUCUACAACGAUCUAGAGGAGUCGGCAGCGACUCAAGACUUUGGCCAGCAGUAUCUGAUGCAGGAGCAGCAGUCCUUGGAUUUUUGCUAUGCGGAUGUUAACUUUGGCAAUGGCUACGAGACAAAUAGCAUGGAUUAUUAUGGCAUCACAACACUCGACAGCAACAACAACUAUACCAUUAACAACAUUCAAACCAACAGCAAUAACAAUAACAGCGAUAGCUACAGUAACAGCAAUAACGAUAGCAACUUUAGAAGCAGUAAUAGCAGCGUGGAACACGAGCUGCCCUUCGAUUUUGACGACCCAGAGCUGGCGAUUGUGUCCAUUUUGGGUGAUUCGUCAUCACCGCCAGAUCUCACUGAUUGGGAGCAGCGGCUGCUGGAUCACUUUGUGGAAAUACCUGAGCUCACUACCAUACUGCCAGAGCGCACACCGCUCUGCACGGACAUGUGCGAUGAUUUCCUGCAGGAGAGCAACAAUAAUCUGCGCCUGGUUCCGUCUACCUCACCCGUAGCGAUGACGGCAACGGCAACGCCGUUGGUGACAACAUUAACGAUGGUGGCACCACUGCAGCUCAGUGAAAAUGCCGCUGGGGAGAAGGGCUAUCUGUGCACAUUUGGCAACUGCGAAAAGCUGUACGCCAAGCCCGCCCACCUCAAGGCGCACAUGCGCCGUCAUUUGGGCGAGAAGCCGUAUGCCUGCAGCUGGCCGGAGUGCAGCUGGCGUUUCUCCCGCUCCGACGAGCUCGCCCGGCACCGACGCUCCCAUUCGGGCGUCAAGCCGUACAAGUGCGACUAUUGCGCCAAGUGCUUCGCCCGAUCUGACCACCUGACCAAGCACCGCAAGGUGCACGAGCGACGACUGCUGGCCGCCACCCGAUCUGGCAAGCUGCUCCCGAACGGACCACUGCCACAGAGCGUCUAUGCGGUGCGUCCGGGUCGCAAACGCAAAAAUCAGCUGUGACACUCAGCUCCG